AUGUGGAUUUGGGAUUGGUUUCAAGAUGUUUUGGCCUCACUUGGCCUUUGGAAUAAGCACGCAAAGCUAUUGUUCCUUGGGUUAGAUAACGCAGGUAAGACUACGUUGUUGCAUAUGUUGAAAAAUGAUAGGAUGGCUACCUUACAGCCAACUUUACACCCUACUUCUGAAGAAUUAUCUAUAGGAAAUGUGAGAUUCACAACGUUUGACUUGGGAGGUCACCAGCAGGCAAGAAGACUAUGGAAGGACUAUUUCCCUGAGGUGAACGCCAUUGUUUACUUGGUUGAUGCUGCUGACUCUGAGAGAUUUGAAGAGUCUAAAGCUGAAUUGGAUGCUCUAUUUGCUAUGGAUGAAUUGGCAAAAGUUCCAUUCCUCAUUUUGGGAAACAAGAUCGAUUCUCCAAAAGCCGUCAGUGAAAAUGAGCUCAGACACUUUUUGGGUUUGUACAACACUACCGGUAAGGGAAAAGUUCCUCUCAAUGGUGUGAGACCUGUGGAAGUCUUCAUGUGCUCUAUUUUGUUGAGACAGGGUUAUGCUGAGGGUUUCAGAUGGCUUUCUCAAUACAUCUGA